AUGGAAGGCUCCAAUGGCUUUGGGAUCGACUCCAUUCUCUCCCACCGUGCGGGCAGCCCCGCCCUUCCCAAGGGGGACCCCUUGCUUGGGGACUGCCGCUCGCCCCUGGAGCUGAGUCCGCGCUCGGAGAGCAGCAGCGACUGCUCUUCACCAGCCUCACCAGGAAGGGACUGUCUGGAGACGGGCACCCCGAGGCCUGGCGGGGCAUCAGGCCCAGGUUUGGACUCCCACCUGCAGCCUGGGCAGCUCUCGGCCCCAGCCCAGUCGCGCACCGUGACCUCCUCCUUUCUGAUCAGGGACAUCCUUGCCGACUGCAAACCACUAGCGGCCUGUGCACCCUACUCUAGCAGCGGGCAGUCGGCCGCCCCUGAGCCUGGGGGCCGUCUUGUGGCCAAGGCUGGGGAGGACUUUAGAGACAAGCUGGACAAAAGUGGCAGUAACGCCUCGUCGGACUCCGAGUAUAAAGUGAAGGAGGAAGGCGACCGCGAGAUCUCCAGCUCCCGGGACAGCCCCCCGGUGCGCCUGAAGAAGCCCCGCAAGGCGCGCACGGCCUUCACGGACCAUCAGCUGGCGCAGCUGGAGCGCAGCUUCGAGCGGCAGAAGUACCUGAGCGUGCAGGACCGCAUGGAGCUGGCCGCCUCGCUCAACCUCACGGACACGCAGGUCAAGACCUGGUACCAGAACCGGAGGACUAAAUGGAAGCGACAGACGGCAGUCGGGUUGGAGUUGUUGGCGGAGGCAGGCAAUUACUCAGCGCUCCAGCGGAUGUUCCCGUCGCCUUAUUUCUACCCGCAGAGUCUAGUUUCCAACCUGGAUCCCGGCGCCGCACUGUAUCUGUACCGCGGGCCCAGCGCGCCGCCGCCGGCCCUGCAGAGACCUCUGGUGCCCCGCAUCCUCAUCCACGGACUCCAGGGCGCCAGCGAGCCGCCCCCGCCGCUGCCCCCGCUGGCCGGCGUCCUCCCGCGCGCCGCGCAGCCUCGGUGA